UGAUUAAGAAGGCUGUGCUGCCUGCCUCUAAGCCAGGCUAGAUUGUAGCCACUAGCAACCAGGCUGCAAUAAUUUCCCUUUGAUGACAUCAUCCACUGUGGAAGAACCCAGUUGCUUCAGCCAGUCGAACUAUGCAGUUCUAACCUCAUCAAAUAUGGCAUCUUCCUUGCUUGCUAUAGCAGGGGAAGGGAAAAUGGCAGUCUUUUUAAUCUAGCAAGCUUCUCGAUCUUAUAAUUAUUAUUUUUUUUAAAUUCUGGUCAUGGAUGCUUCUUCUGAUCCCUAUUUGCCUUAUGACGGGGGAGGAGACAGUAUUCCCUUGAGAGAAUUACAUAAAAGAGGAACUCAUUAUACAAUGACAAAUGGAGGCAGCAUUAAUAGCUCUACACACUUGCUGGAUCUUUUGGAUGAGCCUAUCCCAGGUGUCGGUACAUACGAUGAUUUCCAUACUAUUGACUGGGUGCGAGAGAAGUGUAAGGACAGAGAAAGGCACAGACGGAUCAACAGUAAAAAAAAAGAAUCAGCAUGGGAAAUGACAAAAAGUCUGUACGACGCCUGGUCAGGAUGGCUUGUCGUUACACUGACGGGACUGGCGUCAGGGGCACUAGCUGGAUUGAUAGACAUUGCUGCUGACUGGAUGACUGACCUGAAGGAGGGCAUCUGCCUCAGUGCAUUGUGGUACAACCAUGAACAGUGUUGUUGGGGCUCUAAUGAGACAACAUUUGAAGAGAGGGAUAAAUGUCCACAGUGGAAAACAUGGGCAGAGUUAAUCAUUGGCCAAGCAGAGGGCCCUGGAUCUUAUAUCAUGAACUACAUCAUGUACAUCUUUUGGGCUUUGAGUUUCGCCUUUCUUGCAGUUUCCUUGGUGAAAGUAUUUGCUCCAUAUGCCUGUGGCUCUGGAAUUCCAGAGAUUAAAACUAUUUUGAGUGGAUUCAUCAUCAGAGGAUACUUGGGAAAAUGGACUUUAAUGAUUAAAACCAUCACGUUAGUGCUGGCUGUGGCAUCAGGUUUGAGUUUAGGAAAAGAAGGUCCCCUGGUACAUGUUGCUUGCUGCUGUGGAAAUAUCUUUUCCUACCUCUUUCCAAAGUAUAGCACCAAUGAAGCUAAAAAGAGGGAGGUGCUGUCAGCUGCCUCAGCUGCUGGGGUUUCUGUGGCUUUCGGUGCGCCGAUCGGAGGAGUUCUUUUUAGCUUGGAGGAGGUUAGCUAUUAUUUUCCUCUCAAAACUUUAUGGAGAUCAUUUUUUGCUGCUUUGGUGGCGGCGUUUGUUUUGAGAUCCAUCAAUCCAUUUGGUAACAGCCGUCUGGUCCUCUUUUAUGUGGAGUAUCAUACACCAUGGUACCUUUUUGAACUGUUUCCUUUUAUUCUCCUAGGGGUAUUUGGAGGGCUUUGGGGAGCUUUUUUUAUUAGGGCAAAUAUUGCCUGGUGUCGUCGACGCAAGUCCACCAAAUUUGGAAAGUAUCCUGUUCUCGAAGUCAUUAUUGUUGCAGCCAUUACUGCUGUAAUAGCCUUCCCCAACCCAUACACAAGGCUCAACACCAGUGAACUGAUUAAAGAGCUGUUUACAGACUGUGGGCCGUUGGAAUCCUCCUCUCUCUGUGACUACAGAAAUGACAUGAAUGCCAGUAAAAUUGUUGACGAUAUUCCUGACCGUCCAGCAGGCGUUGGAGUAUAUUCAGCUAUCUGGCAGUUGUGCCUAGCGCUCAUAUUUAAAAUAAUAAUGACAGUAUUCACUUUCGGUAUCAAGGUCCCGUCAGGCUUGUUUAUCCCCAGCAUGGCCAUUGGAGCCAUUGCAGGGAGAAUUGUGGGGAUCGCUGUGGAGCAGCUUGCCUACUAUCACCACGACUGGUUUAUCUUCAAGGAGUGGUGUGAGGUUGGGGCUGACUGCAUCACUCCUGGGCUGUAUGCCAUGGUUGGGGCUGCUGCGUGCUUAGGUGGUGUGACAAGAAUGACUGUGUCUCUGGUGGUUAUUGUUUUUGAACUUACUGGAGGCUUGGAAUAUAUUGUUCCUCUUAUGGCUGCAGUAAUGACCAGUAAAUGGGUUGGUGAUGCCUUUGGUAGGGAAGGUAUUUAUGAAGCACACAUCCGACUAAAUGGGUACCCUUUCUUGGAUGCAAAAGAAGAAUUCACACAUACAACCCUGGCUGCUGAUGUCAUGAGACCUCGAAGAAGUGACCCUCCCUUAGCUGUUUUGACACAGGACAAUAUGACAGUAGAUGACAUAGAAAACAUGAUUAAUGAAACCAGCUAUAAUGGCUUUCCUGUUAUAAUGUCAAAAGAAUCUCAGAGAUUAGUGGGAUUUGCCCUCAGAAGAGACCUGACUAUUGCAAUAGAAAGUGCCAGAAAAAAACAAGAAGGGAUUGUUGGCAGUUCUCGGGUGUGUUUUGCACAGCAUACUCCAUCUCUUCCAGCAGAAAGUCCGCGGCCAUUAAAACUGAGAAGCAUCCUUGACAUGAGCCCUUUUACAGUGACAGACCACACCCCAAUGGAGAUUGUGGUAGACAUCUUCCGAAAGCUUGGUCUGAGGCAGUGCCUUGUAACUCACAACGGACGCCUCCUUGGCAUUAUAACAAAAAAAGAUAUCCUCCGUCAUAUGGCCCAGACGGCAAACCAAGACCCCGCUUCAAUAAUGUUCAACUGAGUCCUGUAGAUGAGGACAGAGAGGAGACAGAAGAGGAAGUUCGUUUGUUGAAUAGCACAAUUCUUUAAUCUGCGGGACUCGUCCACUUUUUUUCUUCUUUCAAAAAAAAAACAAAACAGGAAAGGAAAUACAAGGCCAGCUUUGCAACCCGGUUUGCAAAUAAUGCUGGGAGAGCAGAGGGAUUGUUUGGGGAGGGAGAAGGAAGAGAGUGAGGGAUUUCCCUAGCUAACUGGAACAGUAAUUCAUCUCAUGUUGCUCUGCACCGUCUGCACUCACUGAGGCUAUGCAGUGUGAGUGCAGGCUUGAGCCUCCAUGGAGCCGUCACUGGGAUCCUGAAGCAUCUGGCGCUUAUAUCAGCACCACAGAGACGCAUUACAGUCCCUAUUUCUGGAGGGAUUACUUUGAAUUGAGCCAUCUAUUAAGACUGCAAGGUCUUGCCCUUUUAUAUCAGAACUGUUGUGUUAAACUCAUGAAUUGUAUAGUUAAGCAUCACCUUUCUACAUUCCAAAAGAGCUUCUCUCUCCUCCCUUCCCCUUCCUCCUCUCGAGCUGUAACAAAACCUCUUUGGUGUGUCCUUUUGAAGCAGUCCUUUCUCAUAUUGAGAUGUACUGUGAUUUUACUGACGUUUCAUCACAAGAAGGGAAUGUUUCUUGUGCCAUUAACCAUGUAGUCUGUACCAUCACUAAAGGCUUGGAAAUGUGUGCACACACCACUGCUGGCCAAGCAGGGAAAAUCUGGAGGUGUGAAUGAAAUCCCCCAGCUUGUGUGCUGUGUGGUUCAGAAUCUAAAACAAACUUGACUCUAAUCAGUUUUAUUUUUUCCUCUCAGACUUUAUGGAUAAUGUGACCUAGUCUUAUGCAAAUUCUCUAUUUCUGAGAUUACUACUAUGACAGAGAAGUGCUGUUCAGCAUAAUGAAAGCAAACGCUGCUGCCGUGACUGUAGAGAGGGAAGGAUUCUGUUUAGCUGUACCUGGUAUUAAUUGCAUGUUAAACACUGGAAUUUUGUUCUUCAAAUUAGAUCAUUCUUUUAUUUCAGGAUGUUUCACUGCUGACACUGGAGAUGAACUGUAAUUCAUAACUUGCACUAAAUGUAUAUUUCUUUUCUUAAAAAUUUACCAUUUUUAUUUAUAUUUUUAUGGAUUAAAAUUUAUAAAAUGCAGAUCAGUUAAUAUUGCACAUAAAUAAUUUUACCUUUUUAAUGUGACUUUUUUUAUAGACUAAUUCUAACUUACAAAUAUGGAGGUAUGAGUAAAGGUUACCGUGGGCACAAGGGUUUAAGAAGAGGUAGUCAUGUCCGUGAUCCAGAGUACAUAUGAUACCUUCUGAUUUCUCACUGCCAUCUCCUGGGCUAUGACCUUUGACCUGUCCAUCUUGAACACAAACUAGAAAGUUGAAAAUACCAUAAAUUACUAGUAGUAGAUUAAAGCCAAACCUUUUUUUUUUUUUUUUUUAAAGAAAAAUCAAUCAAAAAUGAAAUCAAGAAAAUCACAGUGUGGUUUUAACCUUUGAGUCACUGGGUCGGUCACAGCCAUCCCUGAAGUGUUCUGUGAUGAUUUCAGUAGAUAUGGUGCACGUUUUUACAGAUUAGUUAUAAUGUACCUCAGAGUAUAAGGAAUUGAUAUUGGCAGUGUUUUAAUCGUGGUCUUAAUUUCCAACUGGCAGAGGGUGUUUACUCACUAGACUGCCCAGAUAGUCUUCAAGUAUGCAUUUUUCAAAGGCCAAAUGCAUUUGUGCGGACAGAUAUUUUCUGAAACAACUGGCAUGAGCCAUUUUUAAUAAAUAUGAAAUCACAUUAGGUCUGUAUGAUCUUGAAGACUUAGAAAAUCAGGAAGCCAUAUUAGAGUGAUCCAAAGUUCCCCAAAAUUGCUGUCUGCCAGUGAUAUUUUGUCUUUUUACUCCUGAUGGAUUUCAAUAUUCUUCGUUGUUCUUUGGCUAAAUAGAGUGAACUCAUUUUUAAUGAUACUUCUGUGGCUCUUAAAGUAUACCUGCAAUAUGGAAGACACUGCUGGGCACUAACUCUCCAGCACUGCUGAUUGGUGGCUCAGCCCCUUCUGGGUUCCAAGUCUUCAAAGGAGACGCCAGUUUCUUUGUAGUUUAACAGGAUGGAACUGAACAUGAUUUUUUCCCCCCACAUUUCCUUUUCUUUCAUAUUCUGGUUUCAUGACCCAUCUUCAGAGAGUGACAUUUCAGGAUCCAUAUUAAAGCAUUCAUUUUCUUUGUUACAUUUCUCUAUCUGAUGUGUCUUACUGCUGAAACACAUGAAAAGUGCCGUGUUUUUAAUGCGUUCA